UGUUUUGUCUGAUGAAACGGGUCGUGAAAUUUCUAAUAUAAUAUUUAAGGUAAGGUGGACCUAUACUCUUUUCAGUUGUCCUAAUUCAAACAGCAUGUGAUUGGGCGUUCACGCUUAGCUGCAUUAAAAGUGAUUUUCCUAAUAUAUCUCUGUAAAAACGAAAGGAAAGAAGCCAUACUAAACGAAGCAUAACGAGAAAUCUGUAUAUGACAACUUAUUAACAUGGGGUCUAAUCUGUCAUUUCCAGAAGUUGAGAUUCCACCUGAAAGAACUUAUAUUAUCACAGGUGGAAAUACAGGUAUUGGUUAUUACAUUGCUAAAGAAAUAUCUAGAAUGGGCGGCCAUGUUAUUAUAGCCUGUAGAAAUAUGAAUAAAGCUGAAACAGCGAUACAACAGAUGCAGGAGGAAUACGAGAAAGAAUUUAAAGAAAAACAGGCUAAAUUACCAGAAACAGAGAGAAUGGAACCAAGAAGAUUAAAUGUCGAAAAGAUGGAAUUAGAUCUGGCAUCGUUUGAGAAAACCAUGAAAUUUAUAGAAGAAUUUAAAGCAAGGAACUGUCCAUUACAUGUUCUGAUUUUGAACGCUGGGAUACAUGUCCAUAAUAAAGAAAUGACUGAAGAUGGAUAUGAAAUGAUGUUACAGUCGAACUAUUUAUCAAAUCUUUUGAUUAUUCUCCAUUUUCUGCCACUUUUACAAAAAUCUGGCGAAGAUUGCCGAAUUGUGCAGACAACAUCAGCCGGCUACAGAUUUGGUAAAUUAGACAAGAACAAUAUCAACGUCCAGCAGUCAUUUAGCUCAGUCACUAAUUAUGGAAAUAGUAAACUUUUUCAGAUCAUGUCAAUGCACUGGUUAACACGUCACGUUAAAGACAAGUCUGUUACUAUAACAAGUUGUCAUCCUGGUUAUGUUAAAACACAGAUGACCCAAGGUUAUUCUUUUGGUCGAGCAAUGGCAGCUUUCUCUCGUAAUGGCUAUGAAGGAGCUACAACAAUAAUAAAAGCUGCUACAGAUCCAGCGUAUAAAGGAGAGACUGGUGUAUAUUUCUCUAAUUGUAAAAUAGAUUCAACAACAUCUUAUCCUAAGAACGUUGAACGCCAGGAUGAAUUGAUGACGUACAGUUUUAAAGUUCUGGAUAAAUAUUUAUCACGUGACGUUAAACAAUACAUUGAUAUUUAAUUCAUCCUCUAGAUAAAUAUUUACCACGUGAUGUUAAACAAUAUAUGGAUAUGUAAUAAUAUUUACCACAUAUGUAAUUAUAUGGGUAAUUGAUUCACUAGAUAAAUUAAUG